AUGUAUGCCAUUACCACUAGAAGUGGGAAGAUCCUUGAGAGUGAUUUAAAUGUUGAGAAGAGUUCCGAUAAAGGGAUAGGACUUGAGGUUGAGGAUGAGUCAUCAAGAGAGGGUGAGGUUCUAGAAGGAAGUGCCGAAAAGCAUGAGAGGGAAGUAGUUAAAGGCUUGCAUGUUUCUAUACCCUUUGUGGAUGCUAUGAAGGAGAUGCCUCACUACUCUAAAUUUCUAAAAGACCUUUUGAAUGGAAAGAGAGGAGUUGAGACCGUUAAUCUAACCGCAAAAUGUAGUGCCAUUCUCUCUAGUAAGCUACCAACCAAAUUGCAAGACCCCGGUAGUUUUUCCAUUCCUUGUUCUAUCAAUGAGAUCUAUUUGGGGAAGGCUUUGUGUGACCUAGGUGCUAGUGUGAGUUUAAUGCCCUUCUCGGUCUACCAAAAGCUCAAUGUGGGAAGCCUUUCACCUACAAACAUCACUCUCCAACUAGCGGAUAGGUCCACAAAAUUGCCUAUAGGGAAAGUAGAGGACAUCCCCCUUAGAGUUGGUAAGUUCACCUUUCCGGUGGGUUUUUAUGUCCUUGAGAUGGAUGAAGAUGAAAGAAUUCCUAUAAUUUUGGGUAGGCCAUUCCUAGCUACUUCUAAAGCGAUCAUCGAUGUCAAAGAAGGUAAGAUGGCCUUGAAGGUUGACAAUGAUUCUAUUGAAUUUGACUUGAAUAAGGUAAUGAGACAACCCUCCUCUAGUAAUGAAUGCUUUAGAAUAGAUACAAUUGAAAAUUUGAUGAAUGAGUUUAGAUACCCUCAUAUGCAUGCUUCUAAUGAUCUACUUGAGAAUGUUUUGUUGAAUGAGAAUGAAGUAGGCGAUCAAAAGGAGAUGCAAUUGUAUGAAGAAAUACUUGAUGAGAAAGAGAAGACAAUCACCGACCAAGAGAUGCUCCAAACACAUGAAAUCUUCAAGGUAGAGAAGGAGGAGAUCUCCAAUGGUAAGGGAGCUCCGAAGGUAGAAUUGAAACCUCUACCUUCGGGCUUGAGGUAUGUCAUUUUGGAUGCUAAUGAUACUUCCCCGGUUAUUGUCAAUGCUAACCUCACGGAAGAGCAAACCUCCUCAUUGCUAAAUGUCUUGAAAAAGCAUAGGAAGGCUUUGGGUUAUACUCUUGAUGAUCUUAAGGGUAUAAGCCCCUCCCUAUGGAUGCAUAAAAUCGAUUUAGAGGAGGGUGCUAAGCCGUGUAGGCAACGACAAAGGAAGCUUAAUCCUUCCAUGCAAGAGGUUGUGAGGAAAGAGGUUUCCAAGCUACUUGAAGCAGGGAUCAUCUAUCCAACUGCUCAUAGUGAUUGGGUUUUCAUGGAUGAUUUCUCCGUUGGAGGGACCACCUAUGAAAAUUGUCUGUCUAACUUAUCUCGUUGUUUGGAAAGAUGUGAGAUGGCUAAUCUCGUGUUGAAUUGGGAAAAAUGCCAUUUCAUGGUAGAGAAUGGGAUUGUUCUUGGGCACAAAAUUUCCCAUGCCGGCAUCGAGGUGGAUAGAGCCAAGGUGGAGGUCAUAGAGAAACUCCCACCCCCUACCAAUGUAAGGGAAGUGAGGUCAUUUCUUGGCCACGCCGGGUUCUAUCGUCGUUUUAUAAAAGAUUUUUCUUUAAUUGCUAAGCCACUCACAUCUCUCUUGCAGCAAGAUAAAGAUUUUGUAUUUGAUGAAGCUUGCCAUGAGUCAUUUUGUAGGUUGAAAAAGGCUCUUUGCACCGCCCCCAUAGUCCAAGGACCGGAUUGGUCUUUACCAUUCGAGCUAAUGUGUGAUGCAAGCGACGAGGCCAUUUGA